CUUAUUUUCAAAAUUGGGCGAAAAAGCAUGCCUCUAUCGGCAGUCAGUCUACAUCUACAACUGACUACAUCAUCUCAUCAUGGUGUAAGUCGGAAUUGGAUGAUGAAAUAGGAUAGGACUGUUCCGGCCAGGAUUAGGAUUACUGAUCUUAUUAUCUUAUGGAUUCAACAACAACUUCUCCUUCUCCUUCAACUCCUCUGUGGAACGUCGAUCGGCCCUUUCUCACAGGCCAUUUCCACCAGGAAACCAAGUCCUCCUCCCAAAUUCCUGGAUCCAAGGCUUCUUUCAGUGUUGGAAUGGAGAAGGCUAUAGGUUGCUAUCAUGCUUCCAUUCAGGAAUUGAUUGUGAUUGAUGAUCUUCUGUCUGCUUUGGUUGGAAUUGAAGGACGAUACACUUCAAUCAAAAGAGUCCGAGGGAAGGAUGCUAAUUUUGCCUUCCAGGUUGAUGCAUCUAUGGAUUUAGCACUUCAGGAAUUGGCUAAACGGUUAUUCCCUUUGUGUGAGAGCUAUUUAUUGAUUAAUCAGUUUGUGGAGUCAAGGUCUCAGUUCAAGACUGGCCUAGUUAAUCAUGCCUUUGCUGCUGCACUACGGGCUCUCCUUCUAGAUUAUGUGGUCAUGGUGGCACAGCUUGAACAUCAGUUUCGACUAGGAAGGCUUUCUAUUCAAGGAUUAUGGUUCUAUUGUCAGCCAAUGAUGGGAUCACUUCAAGCUCUAUCCAUUGUGAUAAAAAAGGCUUCAGCUAAUAAUUUUGUGGGCUCAGCAAUUCUUAACCUCUUACAAAGCCAGGCUAAGGCCAUGGCAGGUGAUCGUGCGGUGAGGUCAUUACUGGAAAAGAUGACACAAAGUGCAAGCUCUGCAUAUCUUGGCAUAUUAGAAAGGUGGGUCUAUGAAGGGGUGAUUGAUGAUCCUUAUGGUGAACUUUUUAUUGCUGAGAACAAAUCUCUCCCAAAGGAGAGUCUCACUCAAGAUUAUGAUGCAAAGUAUUGGCGACAACGUUACAGUCUGAAGGAGGAUAUUCCUAGCUUCCUAGAAAAUGCUGCUGGAACAAUCUUGACAACAGGAAAAUAUUUGAAUGUGAUGAGAGAAUGUGGGCACAAUGUGCAGGUCUCUGUGUCAGAAAAUUCAAAGUUGAUGAGCUUUGGUGCAAAUCAUCAUUAUCUUGAGUGUAUAAAAGCUGCUUAUGAGUUUGCCAGUGGUGAGCUCCUAAAUCUUAUAAAAGAAAAGUAUGACCUAAUGGGAAAAUUGCGGUCUAUAAAGCACUAUCUUCUUCUUGAUCAGGGUGAUUUCUUGGUUCAUUUUAUGGAUAUAGCUCGAGAUGAGCUCUUGAAGAAGCCCGAUGAGAUUUCUGUUGAGAAGUUGCAGUCUCUGCUAGACCUUGCUUUGCGCACCACAGCAGCUGCAGCAGAUCCUUGCCAUGAGGACUUAAUAUGUUGUGUGGAAAGAUCUACUUUGAUAAAAAGUUUGAGCAUGCUCAAAGAUCUUCAAAUCAAUCGGGCUGUUUCUGAUAGUAGUGAUUUAGAGGAACCAGUGUGCAUUACUGGCCUGGAAACAUUUUCUUUGAGUUAUAAGGUUCAAUGGCCAUUGUCCCUUGUUAUAUCAAGAAAAGCCUUAACAAAAUAUCAGCUGAUAUUCCGCUUCCUGUUUCAUUGUAAACAUGUGGAUCGCCAGCUUUGUGGGGCAUGGCAAAUACAUCAAGGUGUGCGUGCUGUUAACACAAAAGGAACUGCAAUCUCUCGGUCAUCUUUGCUGUGUCGUAGUAUGCUUAAAUUUAUUAAUAGCCUUCUACACUAUCUAACAUUUGAGGUUCUUGAACCCAACUGGCAUGUGAUGCAUAACAGACUACAAACUGCAAAGAGCAUAGAUGAUGUUAUUGAAUACCAUAAUUUUUUCCUUGAGAAGUGUCUAAGGGAAUGCUUGCUUCUUUUGCCCGAAGUUCUUAAGAAAGUGGAGAGGCUGAAAUCUAUCUGCCUUCAGUAUGCAGCAGCAACUCAGUGGUUGAUUUCAUCUUCCAUUGACAUUCCCAAGCUUGAUACUACAUCCUCUGAAAAAUUCAAGCAAAUGAAAAUAAGAAAGCCAUCAUCAUCUCAGGCACUGAAGUUAGCCACUGAAAAUGCAGCGGUCACUGAUUCUGUUCUGAAAUUUGAGAGGGAAUUUAAUUCUGAGCUUGAGAGUCUCAGGCCAAUUUUGAGCAGCAGUUCUCAAGCCGAGCCAUAUUUAACUCAUCUUGCUCAGUGGAUUCUCAGUGUUGGAAGGGACCAGUAAGUUAGUUCUGACACUUUGCUCCAUCGUUUUUUGCGUGUAGACAAUAUAAUUUAAGAUGCCUUGCUUGCAUUUGACUGUAUGUAUAGGAUAGAGAAAGUUUUGUCCCUUGUUUGAUGAGAUUAUGGUGAUGAUAUGUGACUCGGUACUUGGCUGCUGAUGCAUACCGGCCAGGCUGGCCUUGCUAAUUUUGGUUUUUCUGACUUUUAGACGUGUAAUAUGUAUUUCACUGAGGCUAGGGUUCUAGUUCUUCUCUUGAUUUUUUAUUUUUUAUUUUUACAGCGAGCACCAACUAUUUCACUUC